CAUUGACUGGCUUUUGCACGAUUCCCGUUUUCGUAAAACAAUUAAUAAAAACUGAUAUAAAUUUAAAAAAAGUGUUUAAACAGCAAUGCCGGCUUUAGAUGUGGAUUACUCCAACGAUCAGUUCAACAAUGAGCAAUCGAAACCAAUGUCUGGCCCCAUUAUCGGCAUUAUUUACCCGCCGCCGGAAGUUAGAAAUAUUGUUGAUAAGACAGCUAGCUUUGUGGCACGCAACGGACCUGAGUUUGAGGCACGCAUUCGUCAAAACGAGUUGGGUAAUCCAAAAUUUAACUUUCUGAAUAGCGGCGAUCCGUAUCAUGCCUACUACAGACAUAAGGUCAAUGAGUUUCGGGAGGGUAAUGAUGGAAUCGGUGGUGUGGGCACUGCUAUUAAGCAGCUAUCAGUGACAAGUGCGGCACAGCAAAGACAACAGGAGCUGCUAAAGCAAGUGGUAGAGCAGCAGUUUGUCCCAAGGGAGCCACCAGCUGAAUUUGAAUUUAUUGCUGAGCCGCCUUCUAUAUCCGCAUUUGAUUUGGAUGUUGUGAAGCUCACAGCCCAGUUUGUUGCACGUAAUGGACGACAGUUUCUUACUAACUUGAUGAGCAGGGAGCAGAGAAAUUUUCAAUUUGAUUUUCUACGGCCACAGCAUUCGCUUUUCCAGUACUUUACCAAAUUACUAGAACAAUACACGAAAGUGCUUAUACCGCCAAAGGAUUUGUUGGGAAGACUACGCAUUGAAAGUGCGCCAGGUCGCGCCAGCAUGGUUCAAGUGCUAGAUCAGGUUAAAUAUCGUGCUAAUUGGCAGCGGCACCAAGAAGCGCAACGUCGUCGUGAGGAGGAGAAAAUAGAGCGUGAGCGUGUAGCCUACGCCCAGAUUGACUGGCAUGAUUUUGUUGUGGUAGAGACUGUGGACUAUCAGCCAUUUGAAAGUGGCAACUUUCCACCGCCAACAAAUCCGGAUGAGGUCGGUGCACGUGUGCUUAUGGAGGAGCGUUUAUUGGAGGAUGAUGGUGACAUUGAAAUGCAGAUUGAGUCAGAUGAUGAGGAGGAUGAGCAUGUGACAAGCCACUUGGAUAUGGGUGUGAAGCUUUCACAAAUGGAAAAUCGCGUGGGCAUACAGAUGAAGAAUGCUACGUCGUAUGGUCAGCCGGUUAAUGUCAAGCGCGACAACACUCAGGUACAGGAUAUGGACGAGGCCUCGAGCGAUGAGGAUACACCCAUUACCAAAAUGCAGCCAGCUGUUACGCCCAUGCUGCCGCCCACACACGACAAGGUGGUGGUCAAGAAAUAUGAUCCUAAGGCAACGCAGCCGAAACCAGCGCCUGUCACCACGGAUGAAUAUCUUAUAUCACCCAUUACUGGCGAGAAAAUUCCCGCCUCCAAAGUCUCAGAGCAUAUGCGCAUUGGUCUGCUAGAUCCACGCUGGGUGGAACAGCGUGACAAGCACACUGUGGAGAAGAUUAAUCAGGAUAAUGUUUUUGCUGCUGGCACAGCCAUUGAAGCUAGCUUAAAGCAGCUCGCCGAGCGACGAACAGAUAUUUUUGGCGUGGGCGAUGAGGAAACGGUUAUAGGCAAGAAGCUGGGCGAAGAAGAAACCAAGAAGGAUGAUCGCGUUACUUGGGAUGGACACACUUCCAGCGUGGAGGCAGCCACUCGUGCUGCCCGCGCUAAUAUAACUCUUGAGGAUCAAAUACAUCAAAUCCACAAAGUCAAGGGAUUGCUGCAUGAUGAGGAGAAGGAAAAAAUUGGACCAAAGCCAGUGGGUGGUAAAGCGACGCUUUCAGCUCCACCACAGCCAUCCACAAAGAAUCAACACUCAGGACACUUGCAUGGACAAUCACAGCAUCAUCAAGGUGGACCUAGUGGUGUUCAUCAUCAUGUUCAGCAUUCGCAGCAUCAUCAUCAUUCAGCGCAGCCACAGCCGCCGUCGCAUCAUCAACAUCAUGCACACCAUCAGCAGCCACCCCAUGGUCUUGGGCAGUCUAACAAUUCGGUUAUGAUGAUGCAACGACCACCCAUGAUGUCGAAUCCUUAUGGUAGUGGACCUGCAGGUUAUAUGAAUAUGGGUGCAGGUGGCGGUGGAGCGCCACCACAAAUUUCGCCAGCUCCACCCGUUGACCUUAUGCCCAUGGAUGAUGAGCCGCCGCAAAAGAAAAUGCGCAGUGAAGACAAUCUAGUGCCUGAGGCCGAAUUUAUUGCCAUGCAUAAGAGUCCUGUAACCAUACAGGUGCAAAUUCCCAAUACGGACAAUUCGGGAUGGAAGCUCAAUGGUCAAAUGAUUGCCGUUACCUUAGCGCUAACUGAUGUAAUUGGAACAUUAAAGUCCAAGCUGCAGGACGAAACGGGUAUGCCGCCAGCCAAGCAGAAAAUUUUCUAUGAGGGCAUGUUCUUCAAGGAUAGUAACACUAUGGCCUUCUACAAUCUUCUGAGCGGAACUACUGUUCAUUUACAAGUCAAGGAGCGUGGUGGUCGCAAAAAGUAAUUGCAUUUUACAGCAAGUUCAGAU